UCUGCCGACGCAUUUAUGUUGCCUUCUCACGCUUUUAAAACGUGGAAAACAAUCCUGACAGCUACAGGAGGAUUUAAGUGAGAGAGGAAGAGGGGGGCAUGCGCGAGCUGAGGAAGAAAACAGGAGGAGACUGGCCUGCUUUGGUGGUGAACGAGAGCGAGAGUUGAAUUGAGGGCUUGAUGAUUGGUUUGUAUUCUCUUUCAGUUUCAGUCAUCACCAUUUGCAAAGAUGCAGCCGGAGCAGCAGGUAACAUCUUCGCUAUUGGCCUAUUUGUAUCACCUAUACCAACAUUUAGAAGAAUCAUCAGAAACCAGUCGACGGAGCAGUUCUCUGGGCUGCCUUAUAUAUAUGCUCUCUUGAACUGCUUGCUUUGCACAUGGUAUGGCACGCCGCUAAUAUCGAGUAACAACAUGCUGGUCAUGACGGUGAACUUCACGGGUGCACUUUUUCAGUUGGCAUACAUAGUUCUCUAUGUGGCAUAUGCAGAUAAACAGAAAAAGAUGAUGAUGUUGGGAUUGCUCUCAGCUGUUCUUGCCAUUUUUGCAAUUAUAGUAGUUACGAGCUUACAUAUACCAGAUGCUGACCUGCGGAGGGACAUUGUCGGGAUUAUAAGUGGUGUCUCCCUUAUUUCAAUGCUUGCUUCCCCAUUGCUUAUAAUUAAUUUGGUGAUCCGGACGAAGAGCGUUGAAUUCAUGCCGUUUUAUCUCUCUCUUUCCAUGUUCCUCAUGAGCGCAUCGUUUACCCUAUAUGGGAGUUUCAACGAUGACAUCUUCAUUUAUGUCCCAAAUGGUAUCGGAACGAUUUUGGGAAUCACCCAGUUGGUGUUGUAUUGUCACUAUAAACGCACUGGUAGUGAAAGCUCAAAAGAACCAUUGAUAGAAUCAUAUGAAGAGACAACAUAGUGGCAAGUGAACGUGAAUAAUAAAUUGGAAUUCUUUCUAAUGUUCAUUUAUGUCAAUGACCUUUGGCAAGUAAGAACUGUUUUUGAUUGGAUUCAACAUUGUCUACUGUGUAGCCAGAUUCUGUGUUUAUCAAAUUCUUCUGUAAAUCACAGCAGUUUAGAGGAACAACCAGCAUUUGCAGUUUUUGGUGAGUGAGAGCCCAUAUCCCCCCAAAAGCAAACUUUUACUAGUUUAUUCUCGGGCGCGAUGCCUUGAGCCCGAUAGAACUCUUGUUGAAAAUGGGAACUCUACGAAAGAAAGUCAUUACGAAAUUCUUCAA